ACAGAAACAAUUCAAACAGCUCAAAUGUCAAUCGAACAAAUAAAAUGCAUAUAGUAAAAAUUAUAAUUUUAGUAAUAUUUACGAAGAACCACGUCGACGUGUUAGCAGAUAUAGAUGCAGAAGAUGCCAAAGAGGCACACAAUGCCACCAGACUUGCUGAUUAUUUGAAAGAACAUAAGAUUCGAUGUCAUGCUAUAUCCGCCUACGAAGGUUCAGUUGCGCGCUUGCCUUGUGGUGGUGCUAGAGAGCAACAGAAAGUGACAUGGCUGUAUGCAGAGUCAAUCUACAACGUAACAUUCAGUCCUAUGGAAGAAAAGGAGACGGCAGUGGAGGAUGGCAACCUCACUAUAUAUUACGUGCAACAAUCAGACAGGGGAGUAUACCAAUGUAACGUUGGAUCUAUUGUCAGCAGUUUGGUCGUCUUGCAAGUUCUGGACGAUGACGACAAAUAUAAUGUGGUGAAGCCGCUAACAUCUCACGGUCCAUACCCCUCUCCCCCUGCACGCCUAAGCUCCAAGCUACUGGUCUUCAUCAGAUGGUCUGCAUGGAGCGGCUGCAGCCGGUGCGGUCAGGUCGGUCGGCAGAGACGCUAUGGUUACUGUUGCGUGCGGUAUACUGACACGAGCGGGUCUAAUGUCAAAUAUAAUUCUUCCGAAUCUAACAACGUUUUACUGAGGAAUGAAGAUAUUAAGUUAUUUCAAGCAUUUCCUGACGGAAUUCCUUGCAAAUCAAAUCUAUUGCCAGUGACUAUAAUAGACCUACCGGCGGUUGCUACGAGAAAUAAUGAAAUAAUGAUUGGACUUUGCAAGGUGCCCUGUAAGAGCGACAUAUUCGAGGUGCGCGCGAGCAACGGGGAGGUGUUGGAGCGAGCCAACAACAGCGAGGGCGUGUUCUCCCUCUGUCAGAGGGAGCCCCCGCAGCCCCCGCCCCCCUCCCGGGACAUGCACUUCGCCCCCCGGGGCGCCGCUGUGCUGCUCAAGUGUCCGGGCAGUGCAUUAGAAGACAGGCCGGUGACGUGGUGGAUAGGAAACAGAGAGGUGGUCCCGCGGGAGCUGGACAUCAGCACUGCGGGCAGGAUGCAUCUCAAUGCCAGAGAUCACAUCGUCAUCGUCAGCGCCGAGUACACAGACUCCAAUGUUUAUAGCUGCUGGGAGGGCGAGAAGCUGUCAGGUGUGAUAAAGUUGAAGUUAUUCAGCGAGUCCCGCGAGAAGUGCGGCGGGCGAGUGACGCAGCUGGGCGUGGUGUGCGGCCUGGCGCUGCUGCACCGCGCCCUGCAUCACCUCCACCUCUGUCUCACACGUGUCACACCUCGCACACCUCUCACACCAUCACACGCACGAUAACAUCGCAUUGCAACCUUUGUCGGUUCAUUUUUAAAGUACUUUAAGAGCAAAAUAAAUAUAUGGACGAUAUUUAAAAAAAAAUAGUUCCGUACUGACGUCGAGUUUAGUCGUCCUUGUCGUCACAUCGUCGUUGUUGUCUCAUACCUUACUUACCUAUUUUUAUUUUAUUCUAAAUUAUAUAUCAUUGUCAAGUAAGCUUCUAGUAUAACCAUUAAAGAUUUACUAUUCGUUUUAAUUUCAUUCUUUUAAAAUGUAAGUUAUUGUAACUCUUUGUUAAAUUACAAGGUGGUAUGAGGUGG